AUGCGCGGCGCAUGGCAGCAGCUUUGUCUGGAGAGGCCUGAGUUCCAUUGGGACUGGGAGACCUUCGCCAGGAGAUGGCAUGGGCGGUCCAGCUUCCAAACGGCCGAGCAGCUCCUGGGGGCCCCAGACCCAAAUCCAAAGCCCGACCUGGACUGCAAGUGCUUCCGCUACCAGAAGGAGACGCUCGAGGACAUCAAUCACAUACAGCACAACGUGAACUUCGCUCGGAAAAUGUUUGAGCCAAGUGAGAUCACCCAGGAGAUGCUGGACAACGCGAGGGAUGCCAUCGCCAAGAAGAAAGACAUGAAGGAAGACGAGGCCUCCUCCGUCGACACCAGCAGUCUGUGGUAUGUCAAGCUUUCGGAGGACUUGGCCAAACGAGCAAAGAGCGGAGCCAAGGUCUCGGUCAAGCGUGGUGAGGAGGAGCUUCAGGCAUGCCUGGUGUCCUAUCCAGACAAGGUCGGUGCCCGCAACAGCUUGCGGCACAGAAAGAAGGCUCUCUGGGAGCUUUGCCCUGCGCCCGGCCCGGAUGACAAGAAGGUGCCGGAUGAGGACCCCUUCCCCUGCGGUGGGAGAGAGAACUUGCGCGACGAGAAGUUCAAGUGGAAACCGGGCGAUGCUUUCGAAUUCAUAGGAAGCUGCAGGAGCUCCCUGGCCCUUCGGCAUCCGGGCAUGAAGGAUUACGACGAGGACGGAGACGAAAGGUUCGACUUGGCCGUGCGGGACAUGACCCGAGAGCACCGCAAGAAGCUGCGAGAGGAGGCCAAGGAGGCCAAAGAGGCCAAAGAGGCCGAAGCCCAAGAGGCUCAGAUCUUUAUCGGACCCAGAUCCUUCGACGGAGUGCUUCAACGUUUCACUUCCCCUGCGACCGGCCUCGUCACGGGAAAAGUGGAAGGCCCUUCCUUCCCCAUAGUUAUGUCGCUUAUCAUCGCUGAAGAGAUUUUUUCAUUCCGCAGCCCAUUUACUCCAGGUUUGCGCAGCUUGGGCGAAGUUGAGUUGAGUGACUGCCCUUGCGCACAAAGAGCGUUACUGGAAGCACAGCAGAAAAUCAACGUGGCAAGGGCAAUGCUCAAUGAAGAGGCGGGGAACCCCAUCUCCGAGCAGGUGCGGGUACGUCCGGUGCUUGAGCGAGAGGUGGAGCACGGUACUUAUCAUGGAUGUAUCGCCAUCGCCCACGAGAGAGUCUACAUCAGCACGGAAGACAAGCCCGUGCUCAUCGGAAGCAAGGACGACCCCUUGCCGGAAGGAAUCCGCGCCUACCCUGGCUUCGAUGGCCUCCUGGACCAGGACGCCUCCCAGGAGGAUGUUUUCCAGUCCGCCGGAAAGGAGGCCGUUGACGGAGUGCUGCUUGGCCUGAAUGCCGCCAUCAUGGCUUAUGGCCAAACCUCGACGGGAAAGACGCACACCAUGGUGGGCGACCGUACACGUCCAGGCCUCUGCCUCAAGGCAGCAGGGCACCUCUUCUCCGAAGCUGCGCUAUGUGGAUCGCAGAUCGAGGUUCAGGCUUCCUUCCUCCAGCUCUACCUCAACCACAUCACGGAUCUUCUCGUAGCCGAUGGCCACGAGCGCUCGCUGAAACUGCGGGAGGUGGUGGGCGAAGAAGCGACGGACACAAAGGUCGAGGGGCUCUCAGAGAGGUUGGUGCAGUCGAUGGACGAUGUUGCAGCCGUCCUCGAGGAGGGCAACCGACGACGGCAGCAGGCGUGCACUGCGCUGAAUGCCAGCUCAAGCCGGUCCCACGCAGUGCUGAUCCUCAACGUCAGCCUGUGGACGGGCACGAGGUCCGACGAGGAGGGCGAGGCCGAAGCCACUGUGGCGAAGCUGUACCUUGUGGAUUUGGCUGGCAGCGAGAGGGUGAAAGACUCCGCCGCCGCUGGGGACCGUUUCACGGAGGCGGUUCACAUCAACAAGUCGCUCUUUGCACUGCAGGGA